AUGAGGAUUUCCGGCGAGCAGGUGGCCGGUGUCCGUCUCGCCGGGAGUUUCGCCGCCGGAGUCUUCUCCCCGAGGAGCUCCUUCGCCCUCUUUUCUCACACUCGCAGCUCCACCACCACCAUCGGGGGCGGCGGCGGCGAUGGCGGCGGCGAUGAGGUCCUUCCGUGGAUAUCCCCCCUGCAGUACAGCAGCAGCAGCAGCAGCAGCAGCCUCAGCCCCUCCCGGCCGGCAGCGCCACCACCACCGGCGGCACCGCCGGGCUCCCGCGCCCGCUACAUCACCCACGGCGAGGCCAUCCGCAUGAUCGUCGGUGAGCCCGACCCGCAGCGCGCCCUUGACAUCUUUAACUUCGCGGCGGAGCGGCAGCGGGGGUUCAGCCACAACAAUGCCACCUACGCCGCCGUCCUCCGCCGGCUCGCGGCGGCGCGGCGGUUCCCCGCCGUGGACGCCCUCCUCCGCCGCAUGCGCCUCGAACCCUGCCGGUUUGAGGAGGGCCCCCUGCUCAACCUCAUGCGUCACUUCUCCGCCGCCGGCAUGCCAGAGAGAGCCCUCGAGCUGCUUCACUCCAUCCCCUCCCUAGUGCGUCGCCCCCGCCCCUCCACCCGCGCCGUCGCUGCCUGCCUGGACCUCCUCCUCGCCGCCGCCCGCUCGGAUCUCGCCGGCGAGCUCCUCGCCGCUGCCCGCCGGAAGUACGGCAUCUCCCCCAACGCCUGUCUCUGCAAUAUCCUCGUCAAGUACCACUGCCGCUCCGGCGAGCUCCCCUCCGCCUUCCGAGUCCUCGCCCAGAUGAGGGCGAGCAAGAUCAAGGAGCAGGAUCAUGGCGGCGGCGCUUCCUCCGCCGGCCCGAACAGGGUGACCUUCACGACGCUGAUGGGGGCGCUCUGCAGGGAGGGGAGGCUGAAGGUGGCGUUCGAGCUCUUCGAGGAGAUGAUCGCCGUCGACGGCAUCCUCCCCGACCAGCUCACCUUCAACGUCCUGAUCGACGGCUUCUGCCGGAGCGGGGAGGUCGACAGAGCCGCCCACAUCCUCGCCUUCAUGCGCCGCCAUGGCUGCGAUCCCAACGCCGUCAACUUCUCCACCCUCAUGAACGGCCUCUGCCUGGCCGGCAGGAUCGAGGACGCCAUGGCCGUCUUCUCCGACAUGAAGACGACCUCCCCGGCGGCGCCGCCCGACGCCGUCGCCUACACCACCCUCAUCAGCUGCCUCUGCAAGAGCCAGAGGGUCGACGAAGCCCUCGCCCUAGCAAGGGAGAUGAACCAGAGCGGGGGAUGCCGGCCCGACGUGGUCGCCGUCAACGUUCUGAUUGGGGGGCUUUGCAGGGAGGGGAGGACCCGGGAAGCCGCCGCCCUGAUGGAGGAGCUCGCCGGAGAUGGGCUGAAGCUGAACAGAGCGAGCUACAGGAUUCUCAUGAACCGCCUCUGCGAAGACGGGGAUCUGGACAGGGCGGCGCCGCUACUGGGCCUGAUGCUCGCGAGGGGAGUGCUCCCCCACUUCGCGACCUCGAAUGCGCUGCUGGUGAAGCUCUGCGACGCUGGGAGAAUGGCGGAGGCCGGGGGGGCUCUGCGGAGCUUGGCGGCGGCGGGAUUUACGCCGGAGACCGGAGCGUGGCUCCGGCUGGUCGAGUCCUUCUGUCGAGAGAGGAAGCUUUCCCGGUCCCUUGACCUGGUCGACAGGCUGACCUCCACCACAGGGGAGGGUCGUCUUCUUCUUCCUCAAGCUCAGGACGGCCUGCUGCUGCCGCCCCCAUUGAUGACCUCCUGA